AUGUUUUUAAUCAGUGUGUUCGAGCCCAGAAAUUUCUCACGACCAAGGCGAGACACAGUUGGCCGGUGCCAAUGUCGUCGUUAUGCUAAGCAAAUGCGACGACCGGUACCAGGUCUCCUUGCUGUUCGCGCCGAGUUUCAACGCGUCCUCACUGAAGAGAACGUCCAGGCUGUUCUCCAUGAGGCGAAGGAGACGUUCUCGACUGUCUUUGGGAGUGAGGAAAACCGUCAGGUCGGUAUAACCGGGGAGGUUUCCUUGGUAGGCAUCGACGGUGCAACCGUUGUGUUAGCCCUAAAGGGCCAGUUUUGGCACCAGAGAGUUGUCGUUUUGCAACGACUGGACAAGUUUAUUAGGGACCGAAUCCCAGAGUGCAUCGAAGUUGUAGCUCUGGAAGGCACCACGCCCGACACAGAUGAGUUUGAUAAUCGGCGUUUUUAA